AAGUGCCAAAAAGGAUAGGUUAGAACUGAAGAGCGAGUUUAUGUUCUCUCACCAAAACGCAGAUCCAAAUAAUACCAACGCAACCAAAUGCCUUCAGCUCUUCUAUCUGAUUAAAACAAACAGAGAUUUAUGGCAGCGAGUGCUGUUUACUUCGUUGCCAUCGGAGAACCUCGUUGGUCGCCACCACACAUUGCUCUUCUCAGAUUUUUCAAUCGCACCCUUCUUUCCUUCAAACGGCACGUCGCUCACAUUCUCAACGCCCAGCACGACACUGUCGCACAUGCCAGGAUUUGCUGUCGAGUGGAUUUGGCUAGUGGGGAGAAGUGCGAACUAAAUGCAGGAGAUUGUCCGCGUAACGGCAAGAGUUUCGGUGCUGAUGAAAAGGGCCGACACGCCGUUUUUAAUGUGUUGGAUAUUAUACUAAAGGAUAGUUUGGAACGAUUGAAGAUGAUGAGGGAAAACAUAUCAUUGGUAAAGAUAGGUCUUCAGGGAUAUGCAUGUGAAUUUAACUACACUGAACAUACCGCCGCUAUUAGGUGUAUGUGCUUGGAAGGUAAGUUGGGAGCAGCUCUAUGGCUUCGGAGAAAAAUGGCAGGGAAAGGUGUUCUUCCUGAUGUGUUUACCCACAACCAUAUUGUAAAUGGGCUGUGCAAAAUGGUUCUCUUGAAGAAGGCAGAUUGGCUUGUUAGACAGAUGUUAGAAUUUGGUCCUCAUCCCAACUGUGCCACUUACAACACUGUAAUUAAGGGGUAUUGUGCGGUUAAUAAUGUGAAUAAAGCUUUGUAUCUGUUCUCCACCAUGGCCAAUAAUGGGGUUCUGCCAAACAGCAUUACUUGUAACAUACUGGUACAUGCAUUGUGUGAGAAAGGUCUUCUGAAGCAAGCCAAAAAGAUGCUUGAAGAAAUAUUAAAUGAUGAUGACGAGAAAGAUAUACCUGAUUUAGUUACAUCUACUAUAUUUAUGGAUAGUUACUUCAAGAGUGGAGCAAUUAUUCAGGCUCUUGGUCUUUGGAAUCAGAUGCUUCAAAAGUGUAGAAAAGUAGAUGCUGUAGCUUAUAAUGUUCUUAUCAAUGGAUUUUGCAAGAGUCAACAUAUGAAUCUUGCACAUGGAUAUGUUUGUGAGAUGUUUAAGAAGGGUUUACUUCCUGAUGCUUUUACUUAUAAUAUUCUUAUUGGUGCUCUUUGCAAGGAAGGCAAAACUACUGAGGCUUUUUAUACACUUGGAGUUAUGUCUAACAUGGGAAUUAUGCCCGAUCAAAUUACAUACCAGAUUGUGAUUCGAGGCCUUUGUUUUGAUGGAGAUAUUGUUAGAGUAAAAAACUUGCUACGGUGUAUGUUGAACAAUUUAAUGGUGCCUGGACCUAUAAUAUGGAACCUUAUAAUUGACUUAUAUGGAAGAUGUAAAGAUCUUAAUAGUGCAUUUUUUACAAGAGAUCAGAUGCUGGCUUUUGGUGUUCUCCCUAAUGUAUUUACUUAUAAUGCUUUAAUUCUUGCACAAGUGAAAUGUGAAAAUUUUUAUGGUGCUUGCUCUCUGAAGGAAGAGAUGAUUUCAAAAGGUCUCUGCCCUGAUGUGGUUACUUAUAAUUUGUUGAUAGGUGCUGCUUGUAAUUUAGGACGUCUUGAUUUUGCUCUUCAAGUGUACAAUGAGAUGGUGCAGAUGGGUUAUGAACCAGAUUUAAUAACUUAUACUGAACUUGUUAGGGGAUUCUGCAUUAGAGGUAACAUGAAAGAAGCAGAAGAGCUCUAUGCUAAAAUACUAAAAUCUGGUUUAUUGAAUGAUCAUGUUCCAGUUCAGAUUCUUUUUAAUAAGUACUGCAAAUUGGGAGAACCAGUUAAAGCAUUUAACUUCUAUCAAGACUGGUUGGCAAGUAAGCGGGGUAGUUAUCCUUGCUAAAUCCCACAUUAUGCCUAUGGCUUUUGACAUUGCAAAGUUGCAUUGCAAGCGCUGGAAAAAGAGCCACAUUUGCUUUAAAGUCACUCUUUAUGUCUCUGAAAUACAGACUUCCAUUAAAAUGUUGGCGGUUCUCAGGUUGCAGCUCAUAUGAGUAAUGAACACUCCCCAGGCCUUUUUUUAUGGAUGCGGCAUUCUUCCUUACUCCAGAUGAUAUUAUCAGCAGAUUAAAGUGAAAGUGUACAACCAGUUCAGGUCUCAUGAUGUUUCUAUUCAGAUGCUUGUGUUAAAAGAAUAAUCCUACAACUGCAAGGGAAUGGAAGCAUGAGAGAGAAAGAUGGUAACCAUUCACAUACAUCACGGAGGCAACUUCGUUAAAGGUAAUGUUAGUAAAGUUACCUAUGAAAGGGAUCUUGUAGAUAUUUGACUCGAGUGCAAUGAUGAUAUGUUGGAUGUUUUUAGCAUAUCUUACUGUAAAGAGCUUGAAUGUUAGUCUAUGACAAAUGUUUAUUGGCUAGACCCUGAGUCUGUCUUGAAGAAAAGGUUGAAGGACUUGAUAGUAAACAAAGAUCUUAUGGAAAUGGUGAAUGCUUCUACAGAGAAAAAUGGCUAAAUUCAUGUGUGUAAUGAACAUUCUAUCCGUAAACUAAAAGAGGCAACAUAUGCUAAAGUAAUUGCUGCAAGGGUUAAAGCAAAUAUAGAAAGUGGAUGAUGAAGAAGGAAAUAUGAUACAUGAUGUGAUUGAUUGAAGGAAGAAAAAGGGAAAAAAAGAGGAGUACAAUAAGCAACCUAUGUGUAAGAAGAAAUUAAAGAGUGCAAAGAAUACAAGUGUAGCAAUGAACACAAUGGCUGCUAAGAGAAGAUUGAAAAAUAAUAAUGGUGUUGAUACAAGAGGAAGGGGAUUAAGAAAGGGAAAGCAAAGAAAAAAAGUAAGAAAAAAAGAGAGAGAGAACAAGAUUAAAAUACAAGGUCAACAUAAAAGGGAAGUGGCAGGAGAAGGGAAAGGAAAAUGUAAGGAGAACAGGCUCGGCUGAAUUUGUAUGUACAAGGUGGUGUGGGUUUAACCACAAUAGGCUUAGCUACCCUAUGUUGAGAAAAAAAACAGGAGAGAAACAACGGACUGCUAAAUCUAGUACUGACAAUCCUUACAUUGCUAGAUGAAGUUAACCUAUCCUAAGGUGUUUGUUCCAAGCACAUAGGAAGAAAUUUCUCAGCUGCCACUAGAGUCUUCUCAAGUCAAGCAUGAGAAAUUGUAACUACAAAGAAGACUCUUGGGUAAAGGUGUGAACUGCCUAUCAAACCAAGAGUAACAAGUUCCACCAAUGCAGUAGAACCUAACCCAACCCCUAUCAUUGCACUUGCCAACCAUUCUCAUGUCCCUAGUACAUCAAAGCCAACCUCCUCCUGUUCCAAAUGUUGCGCCUAUUCUUGAACAAAGAUCAAGUCCAACCAUGAACUUUAUGCUAAUAACUAGAGUUCAAUAUGAUCAAGGUGACAAUAUGCAGUGAAGAUGACCUUGGGGAUUUUUGUUAUGGAAGACAAUUGAUUUUUUGGACUAAAUAAAAUUAGAACUUUGUACCUAGUCUUUUUGCGAUUAUUGUAAAGAUUUAGUAUCGUGUACUUAUAUUUGGGGUGGUUGUCAAUAGUUACAAUGUUCAUUUAGUUAGAAGGAAAACAAUUUUUGUUAGUUAGUUAUGAAGGCUAUCCUUAUUAUGGAAUGAACAUGUUUUAUUUUUCUUAUUCUUGCACUUGUAUACUAUGAUUGUUUUUUUCAGUUCUUUCAAAUAUAUAAUUUAAC